UUUUUUUAUUCCAUGGGUGGAUGUCUUAGCCGGAAGGAAUCAUGGGGCUCACUUUCACGAAGCUUUUUAGCCGGCUUUUUGCCAAGAAGGAGAUGCGUAUCCUGAUGGUUGGUCUUGAUGCGGCUGGUAAGACCACCAUAUUGUACAAGCUCAAGCUGGGAGAGAUCGUAACCACAAUUCCAACAAUUGGAUUUAAUGUGGAGACAGUGGAAUACAAGAACAUCAGCUUCACUGUCUGGGAUGUUGGUGGUCAGGACAAGAUCCGUCCAUUAUGGAGGCACUACUUCCAGAACACCCAGGGUCUUAUCUUUGUGGUAGAUAGUAAUGACAGGGAUCGUGUUGUUGAGGCAAGGGACGAGUUGCAUAGAAUGUUGAAUGAGGAUGAGCUGCGAGAUGCAGUGUUGCUUGUAUUUGCAAACAAACAAGAUCUUCCAAAUGCCAUGAAUGCUGCGGAGAUAACUGAUAAGCUUGGCCUCCACUCUCUCCGCCAACGCCACUGGUACAUCCAAAGCACGUGUGCAACUUCUGGUGAGGGUCUCUAUGAAGGGCUGGACUGGCUCUCCAACAAUAUCGCUAACAAGGCAAGUACUUGAGAGCCAUGUUCUCCUUUCUUUCAAACGGCAAGGAUUAAAAUGGUACUGAUACAUCAGGAGAUGCAGUGUUCCAAUGUACCGGCCAUGGAAGUGGGGUCCUGGGUUUGUUGGCCCAGCUUGUUGAUCAGAUGGGUCUCAUCUUGUCUGGGUAUGGCCCAAAAAUCACCCAAAUGGAAAAAUCUUAACCUAUUGAUCAAUCACAAUUAGGCAGUGAGUAAAAUAGAAGAAAAAGUAUAUACCAAACGUGGGAUGGCUAUGAUCUUCAAAUCUGGAAGAAUCAUGGGGCAUCCCUUAUCCAUGGUGGGGCUGGUCACCUGCAUGUCGGAUUGGUCAUCAGUAACUCAGCCAUGUCUGUUGCCUUGUAAUUCUGUUUCAGGGCGCUCCCGUGUUCUGAAUUUUUGACAAUUCACUCAUCUGAUUUGGCAGGCAUGAGCAGUUAUGACUUCUGUCAGGGUUUUGUUUGGAUUGCAGGCGUAAAUGUCAUCCAUGCUUUUUUUGAGAUAAGGGAAUUGUGGUUGUGAUGAAAUUUGAGGACCCCCUUUUUUUCCCCCCUUCCCUCACUUGGGUUAUUUUGUAAUAGAAGGAUGAUUGGAUGCUGCUACAUUACUGCAAUUCAUCAGGUGGAGUUGGAUCUUUGUGUAGCUAAUCCUUUUAGCUGUAACAGAGAAUACUUGUUUGUUUCUCGUA